AUGCCCCGCCCACGAUCCUCAGCUCGGUUCUCGAGCGAAGGAGCCUCCGAAACCUCAUCUUCGACCUCGCCCGAGCGCGCUGCCGACGAUGACACCGACUUCUUCAUGGCCCAGGCCAACGACUCGCAGUCGUCGGUCGGUGUGGCCAAUUUCCGCGACCUCCACGUACUCCCCGAGCGGACAGUCGCCCUGCCCCCCAUCGGCCGCCUCCCGCCCGAGCUGCUCAUCGGCGUCUUCUCGAAACUGACGUCGCCUUCCGAUAUGCUAAACUGCAUGCUCGUCUGCCGCAGCUGGGCGGCGAACUGUGUCGGCAUCCUGUGGCACCGGCCAUCCUGCAACAACUGGGAUAAUCUGAAAAGCGUGGCUUCCUCGGUAGCGAAGCCCGAUAGUCUCUUCUUCUACGCGGACCUCAUCAAGCGGCUGAAUCUUUCGGCCUUGAUGGAAGAUGUCAGCGACGGCACCGUCGUCCCCUUCACCCAGUGCAAGCGCGUCGAGCGCUUGACUCUCACGAACUGUUCCAAACUCACGGACAAGGGUGUGUCGGAUCUGUUGGACGGGAAUCGACAUUUACAGGCUUUGGAUGUUUCGGAUUUACGGUCUCUGACGGAUCACACUAUGUACGCGGUGUCAAGGAACUGUCCUCGACUACAGGGCCUGAAUAUCACCGGCUGUGCCCAUGUCACGGACGACUCGUUGCUUGUCGUGUCGCAGAACUGUCGCCAGAUUAAACGGUUGAAACUCAACGGGAUUUCCCAUGUCACUGAUCGGUCGAUCAUGUCCUUUGCGGAGAACUGCCCGGCUCUUCUGGAGAUUGACUUGCAUGAAUGUAGGCUGGUCACUGGCCCAUCGGUCACGCUUCUCAUGACGACGCUCCGGAACCUACGAGAACUUCGAUUGGCACAUUGUUCGGAGAUCAACGACUCGGCAUUUUUGAGCCUUCCGCGACAUCUGAUAUUCGACAGUCUGCGCAUCCUCGACCUGACCGCGUGCGAGAAUGUCAAAGACGAUGCGAUAGAAAGAAUUGUCGGUGCCGCUCCACGCCUGCGAAAUCUGGUGUUAGCCAAGUGUCGAUUUAUCACGGACCGCUCGGUGCUGGCCAUUUGCAAGCUGGGCAAGAAUCUGCAUUAUGUGCACCUGGGCCACUGUUCUAACAUUACAGACUCGGCGGUUAUACAUCUGAUCAAGUCGUGCAAUCGCAUUCGCUAUAUCGACCUGGCUUGCUGCAACCGCCUGACCGACACCAGUGUCCAGCAAUUGGCGACCUUGCCCAAAUUAAGACGAAUUGGUCUGGUCAAAUGCCAGUCCAUCACCAAUAAAAGUAUCGUCGCUCUGGCACGGCCCAAGUCAAACUAUCCAGUGACCAGCAGUCUGGAGCGUGUGCAUCUCAGCUACUGCACACAAUUGAACGAAGAGGGCAUCUUCACCUUACUCAACCACUGCCCACGACUCACCCACCUGAGCCUGACAGGGAUAAAUGCCUUCCUGCGACCGGAUCUCACCGCGUUCUGUCGAGAUGCCCCGCCCGAGUUCACGCAGCAACAACGCGACGUAUUCUGCGUUUUCAGCGGCGAGGGCGUCAGCCGGCUCCGCAACCAUCUCAACCACCUCAGCCACAUGCGGCAACAAGAAACCAGCGAAGCAACCAUGUACGACGACGAUGAAGAGCUGGAUGAAGACGAAGGCCAGAUGACGGGCCUGAUGCACGCGACGGUCAUCAACGAUGACGAUGGAUAUAUUGAUGUCCCGCCUCCUUCCCAAGACUGA